AUGGAUGAUGAUGACCGCACGGCCAGCGAGUUGGUUGGAACUGGCUGGGGGCUGCUGCUUACCGACCUCUACCGGGACCUACCAGAGCGACAGGGCAGGCAGGCAUUAGGCACGGAUCGGAUCCAAUUCAGUGGGCAAGUGCAGCAGCGCUGGGUGCCGCCAGACCCCUGGCAGCGGCGACAGCAGCAGCGCGAGGUUUACGGGAUGGGGGAUGUGCUCAUUAAUUUGGCCGCCCAAGAAUGCAGGGAUGAGCCCGGCAACCCCCCGGCGGGAAGCCGCCACGAGCCCACCGAGCCCGCCUCGCGAGCUCGCCUCCAGCUGUGGUGCAGAGCUGGCGGGGACGCGGGCAUUUUGCAGCACGAUGCAUUUGAUUCCCACCUGCGCCUCCCUCCGGCCGCGCCUCCCCGUGAUGCCCACGCGCGCUUUCCCCAGCGGUCGCGGUGGGUGGGGUUCCAGUUGGGCUGGGGAAAGAUUGAACAGACCGCCAUCCCGGACAGGGGCCAGUGGGGAACUACUGUACGCUAG